GGAGAAAGAGAGAAAGGGAGAGGAGACAGAGGAGGCUCGCGGCUGCUGGAUCCCCGGAGGAGGAGCGGAGAGAAGACGCCACCGCGGGACUGGAGCUGAGCUCAGCUGCAGCUUGAAGGAUGUUCUCCUCCGUGAAGGCCUUUGAGGGGCAGCAGUACUCCACCCUGAAGAAGCAGUGUUUGCAGAGUGGGACCCUGUUUGAAGACCCUCUGUUCCCCGCUGUAGACGACUCGCUUUUCUACCAGGGCAACCGCAUCGGGCGUGUGCACUGGAAAAGACCCAGAGAGCUGUGUGAUGACCCUCACUUGUUUGUGGAUGGGAUCAGUGCCCAUGACCUGCACCAAGGGCAGCUGGGAAACUGCUGGUUUGUGGCAGCGUGCUCCAGUCUGGCCUCGCGGGAGUCUCUCUGGCAGAAGGUUAUCCCAGACUGGAGGGAGCAGGAAUGGGAUCCAGAGAAACCUGAUUCAUAUGCAGGAAUCUUCCACUUCCGCUUCUGGCGCUUUGGAGAGUGGGUGGAUGUGGUAAUCGAUGACCGCUUGCCCACAGUAGACAACCAGCUAGUGUAUUGCCACUCAAAUGACAGCAAUGAGUUCUGGAGUGCCCUGGUGGAGAAGGCUUAUGCCAAGGUGUAUGGUUGCUAUGAAGCCCUGGAUGGUGGCAACACAGCUGAUGCUUUAGUGGACUUUACCGGCGGGGUAUCAGAACCCGUGGACCUGCUAGAGGGUCAGUUUGCUCAGGAUGAAACGGCCAGAAACCAGCUGUUCGAGAGAGUACUGAAGGUCCACAACAGAGACGGCCUCAUCAGCUGCUCCAUCAGGGCAACCACAGUGGAGGACAUGGAGGCUCGGCUGGACUGCGGUCUGGUAAAAGGCCAUGCCUACGCAGUGACGGAUGUGCGGAAGGUGCGCCUGGGCCACGGACUGCUGGCCUUCUUCAAGUCUGAGAAGCUGCACAUGAUCCGCAUGAGGAACCCCUGGGGGGAGAAGGAGUGGAGUGGGCCCUGGAGUGACAGUUCAGAGGAGUGGAAGAAGGUGAGCAAGAGUGAGAGAGAGAAGCUGGGCGUCACCGUUCAGGACGAUGGAGAGUUCUGGAUGAACUUUGAGGAUUUCUGUCACUACUUCACUGACCUGAUUCUGUGUCGACUGAUCAACACGUCCUACCUGAGCAUCCAUAAGACGUGGGAGGAGGAGGUGAUGAGGGGCUCCUGGGUGUACCGGGAUGACCCACUGCGCAAUCGCUCUGGAGGUUGCAUCAAUCACAAAGCCACUUUCCUGCAGAACCCUCAGUACGUGUUUGAUGUGAGGAAGGUGGAGGAUGAGGUCUUGAUCUGCCUGCAGCAGAAAGAGAAAAGAGCCACACCCAAAGAAGGCAAAGGAGAGAACCUGGCUAUUGGCUUCGACAUCCAUCGGGUGGAGCUGAACAGAAAGUUCCGCAUGCACUCGGCCCAGCAAAAGGUUGCUGGCUCCAUCUACAUCAACUCUCGCUGCGUCUUCCUAAGAAAAGAGCUGAAAGAGGGCCGUUAUGUCAUCAUCCCUACAACCUUUGACCCUGGCCAGCAGGGAGAAUUCCUGCUCCGAGUUUUCACUGAUGUGCCUUCAGACUGCAAAGAAUUGACCCUGGACGAGCCUCCUCAGACGUGCUGGACGGGCAUGUGUGGAUAUCCUCAGUUGGUCACCCAGGUGCAUGUGCUGAGUGCCGAGGGCCUGCAGGGCCAAGACUCUAAUGGAGCCUCAGAUCCAUAUGUGAUCAUCACCUGUGAAGGGGAGAAGGUUCGCUCUCCUGUGCACAAGGACACACGCUGCCCCAACUUUGAUGUCAAAGGGGUGUUCUAUCGCAAAAAGCCAAAAGAGGGCAUUCACAUUGAGAUCUACAAUAAGAAUGUGAUUGUUGACACCUUCCUGGGUCAGGUGACCCUCUUCAGUGACCCUAAUGACCGGCAGGAGCAGCACACAGUCCAUCUGAGAGACAAGGGCAGCCGCCAAGAUAACGACCUCCCAGGCACGCUGACAGUGCGAUUGAUCACCUGCACCACUUUAACCAAUAUCUGACCACUUAAUGACUGCAACCCUACCCCUGCCCUUUCCCCUUUCUUCCCUCUUUCUCUGUCACUGUCCCUCGUUAGCUGUCCACAGUGAAUUCAUUAACGGUCCCUCAUUUUCCUGCCUGCCUGUAUUAUUUCACAGUGCUCACAUUCUUUCAUGCUUUGAUAGUAUGCAUAAGGGCUAUGCAUUAGUCUUGCAUGAGCAGCUGAGUUAGUCUCGGUAUUAGAACCUCGUGGAGUCUUCCUUAGUUGAUUAGCCGCAGGUUUCCAUUGCCAAAUGACCUCAGCAGAAGUCCUUUCUCUCCAUCUCUCCUUCCCUCGUUCCUUACAGUCAGGCAUCCUCCACCUGUUUAGGAUCAUGGUGAAGAACAUUCAAGAUGAUGAUCAACCUUCAUCAUCUCCUCCAGGAUGAAGAACUUGAAGAAGAGGCUAUUUACAGAGACCUCAGCCAGGGCAAGAUCUGGUCAGUUUUAGCCUGUGGCCUUGGCUUGUGCAAGAUGU